AUGCUUAAGAGGCAGAACGCAAUGCGAUUAAUCUUCAUUUUCAUUACUGGUCACGUGCUAAUGGCCUUGACCUUAGCGGCCCCCACAAGGGAAGAUGAUCUCCACCAGGAUACGCCCUACAUCAAGGAACUACUAAGACAGGCCAAAGCGGCGGAAAUCGAGAGCUUCAUGGACCAAAAGGCCGAUCCAUGCAGCGAUUUCUAUACCUUUUCCUGCGGCAACUACAAACGCAUCAACUCGGCUUCGAGCUUACAGGAGAUCACAACAGGAGUAUUCGAGACUCUGACCAAUGGCCUCAACAGGAAGAUCCUAAAGAUGCUCAACACGGCGCAUGAUAUUCAUGACUCUCCGGAGGAUAUUCAGGUGAAGCACUUCUAUGAGUCCUGUCUACGGAUCAAGGAGCUCAACUACCCCGAAAAGCUGAAGAAACUUAUUGCGGAGUUUGGAACGAUGCCGUUGCUGGAGGGAUCCUCCUGGAAGGAGGAGGAUUUCGACUGGCUGGGAACUACCGCUCGCAUUUCCCACCGUUACGGAAUAAGGCCCAUCAUAGGUGUGGAUGUAUCCAAGGACUUCGCUAGCAACCAAAGGAAUCGAGUCUACAUAGGUCAGCAGGAGUUCCCCCUUGAGUCGCGAUCCAUGUAUCUGGACAACAAAACCCUUAUCUAUCGAGAGAAGUACCUUAGUACUAUCCAAAGGAUUCUACAACGAUUUCCGGCCGUGAAGUCGGAGCUAGCAAAAAAAACGGCUAGGGAGCUGCUCGACUUUGAGGUUGACCUCGCUCAAGGAUUGUUGGAUGAAAGCGAAGGCCUGGGAAUUGAAGAAAUAACCGAACUACUUACUGUCCCCGAAAUGCAAAAACGGUAUUCCCCCAUUUUGGACAUCAAUCAAUUGAUAUCUUUGAGCUUGGGAGAGAGAGUCUCUGACCAAAUCUAUGAGUUCAACAAACGCUAUCAGCAAAACCUUGUUGAAGUCAUUAAACGAACGCCCAAGAGCACUGUUGCAAACUAUAUAUUUUUCCGCCUAAUUUAUGAGUUCGUAGAAACGCCUUCAGUCCCCUCGAAGAAGCAAAAGAAGGAUUGUGUGGAUCUCACCAAGAAGCUCUUCGCCGAGAGCCUGGAUAACAUGUUCUACCGUCGCUAUAACAACGAGAAAUCCUCCAGAGAAAUCGACGAGAUGUGGCGUCAAUUAAAGGCCACCUUCAAUGAGACCCUUCGAUCCAGUUCAGCUUUGGAUUGGAUAGAGCCACCCACUCGGAAACUGGCCAUUGCCAAGCUACAAGCCAUGACCCUGGAGAUAAACAAUUAUGCCAACUAUAACUUUACUGAAAAGUUUGCUGAUCUCAAUCUUCAGAGCUCCGACUACGUAGAAAACUUGCGACAAAGUCUAUUGGUGGGUGCGAAGCAAAUGCGAGAGUUGCUCCACAAGCCGGCAAAGCCACUGGAGGCGGGCUCCCAGCUAAGUUUCACCCCGGCCAACAUUCUGGUGGAGAACAUCAUCAAGGUGCCAGUGGCUUUGCUCCAACCCUUCUACAUUUGGUCCGAUGUCUACCCCAAUGCGGUGAUGUUCGGCACCUUGGCCUCGCUAAUUGGUCACGAGUUAAUCCAUGGGUUCGACGACAACGGAAGAAAGUUUGAUGCCAAGGGAAACUCGAAUGAUUGGUGGGACGAGAGGUCCAGCAGGAACUUUCUAGAACGACGACAAUGCUUCAUAGAACAGUAUGGCAGAUAUGUUUACGAUGGGAUUCAGCUUAAGGAGUCCACUGAGCAGUCGGAAAACAUUGCCGAUAAUGGGGGAAUGCGGCUGGCAUACACAGCCUACCAUAAUUGGUAUGAAAAACAGUUGACACGACCUAAUGGAAAUCAUUAUCUGGCCAAAGAGACCCUUCCCAACCUGCCCUACUCCGCAAAACAGCUGUUCUUCAUCAGCUUUGCUCAAAUCUGGUGCAACGAUGUACAUCCGCGAGUGAAAACCCUUCAAGUGUCAACCGAUACGCACUUUCCCGGAAAUCUCCGUGUUAUUGGAUCUCUAUCGAACUUUGAUGAGUUUUCUAAAGAGUUCAACUGUCCAGCCGGAUCCGCAAUGAAUCCCUCCGAGAAGUGCUUACUCUACUAG